AUGGAUAAAGUGGGGAAAAUGUGGAAUAACUUCAAAUACAGGUGUCAGAAUCUCUUCAGUCAUGAGGGAGGAAGCCGUAGUGAAAAUGUGGACAUGAACUCCAACAGAUGUUUGGCUGUCAGAGAGAAAAGCAUCAGUAUAGGAGACUCAGCUCCUCAGCAACAAAGCAGUCCCUUAAGAGAAAAUGUUGCCUUACAACUGGGAUUAAGCCCUUCAAAGAAUUCUUCGAGGAGAAACCCAAACUGUGCCACUGAAAUUCCUCAGAUUGUUGAAAUAAGCAUUGAAAAGGACAACGAUCCAUGUGUCACCACAGGAUCAAGACUUGCAAGAAGAGAUUCCUACUCUCGACAUGCUCCGUGGGGUGGGAAGAAGAAACAUUCCUGUUCUACAAAGACUCAGAGUUCUCUGGAUACUGAUAAAAAGUUUGGUAGAACUCGAAGUGGACUUCAGAGGAGAGAGAGGCGGUACGGCGUAAGCUCCGUACAUGACAUGGACAGUGUUUCCAGCCGAACUGUAGGAAGUCGCUCUCUGAGACAGAGGUUACAGGAUACGGUGGGCUUGUGUUUUCCCAUGAGAACUUAUAGCAAGCAGUCAAAGCCUCUCUUUUCUAAUAAAAGAAAAAUACACCUUUCUGAACUAAUGCUUGAGAAAUGUCCUUUUCCUGCUGGCUCAGAUUUAGCCCAAAAAUGGCAUUUGAUUAAACAGCAUACAGCCCCAGUGAGCCCACAUUCAACAUUUUUUGAUACAUUUGAUCCAUCCUUGGUUUCUACAGAAGAUGAAGAAGAUAGACUUAGAGAGAGAAGACGGCUUAGUAUAGAAGAAGGGGUUGACCCCCCUCCCAAUGCACAAAUACAUACAUUUGAAGCCACUGCACAGGUUAAUCCCUUAUAUAAACUGGGACCAAAGUUAGCUCCUGGCAUGACUGAAAUAAGUGGGGACAGUUCUGCAAUGCCACAAGCUAACUGUGACUCCGAAGAGGACACAACCACGCUGUGUUUGCAGUCACGCAGGCAGAAGCAACGCCAGGUAUCUGGAGAUAGCCAUGCCCAUGUUAGCAGACAGGGAGCUUGGAAAGUCCAUACGCAGAUUGAUUAUAUCCACUGCCUUGUGCCUGAUCUACUUCAGAUUACAGGCAAUCCCUGUUACUGGGGGGUGAUGGACCGCUAUGAAGCAGAAGCCCUUCUUGAAGGGAAGCCUGAAGGCACCUUUUUGCUCAGGGACUCUGCCCAAGAGGACUACCUCUUCUCCGUGAGCUUCCGUCGCUACAACAGAUCCCUGCAUGCCCGAAUCGAACAGUGGAAUCACAACUUUAGUUUUGAUGCCCACGACCCAUGUGUAUUUCACUCCUCCACUGUAACGGGACUUUUGGAACACUAUAAAGAUCCCAGUUCUUGCAUGUUUUUUGAACCUUUGCUUACUAUCUCACUAAAUAGGACUUUCCCUUUUAGCUUGCAGUAUAUCUGCCGUGCAGUCAUCUGCAGAUGCACUACAUACGAUGGAAUUGAUGGGCUCCCUUUACCAUCAAUGUUGCAGGAUUUUCUAAAAGAGUAUCAUUAUAAACAAAAAGUUAGAGUUCGCUGGUUAGAGCGAGAACCAGUCAAGGCAAAGUAA